CUUUCCGUCCUCCCUCCUCGCCUCGUCAGAGAGCACGGUCCAUGCUAUCAUGGCCAUCCACACCCUCCUUUUCACCCUCUUCGCCACGCUGAGCAGCGUGCGCGCAAUCACCGUCUAUGGUCAGACCGGACAGCAACACAUCGGCACUGCAACUGCAACAGGCACGAGCAGCGCCGCGCCCACCCCAACGUCAGCAGCAUAUGACGCGCGGAUACUCAACCCGCCCCCGCUGCCCAGCCCGCUGCCGGCGAACCAGUUCGGGAUCCAGCUGCCCGCGCAGGCGAGCGGCAUGAACGGGCUCUCGAUAAUGCAGAGCGGGGCAUUCUACGGGUUCUCGGUGGAGAUGUCGGUCGCGACACAAGUCAUUGGUCUGAACGGUACACAUAUCCAGCCGCCCUUCCUCAACCUUAUGUCGCUCGUGGCGGAGCGGGCCGGGCGCGUCCACGUCCGAGUGGGAGGUAACACGCAAGAAACCGCGCGUCUGGUGUUGAGCCUCGAUGACGGCAAGGCCAUCGAGAAGCAGAAGGUGGACACGAACAACCCUACGCAAACGCCCGCACUACUGUUCACGCCCGAGAUCCUGUACCUGCUCGCGAACAUCUCGUCGCUCGUGAACGUGAGGUGGUACCUGGGUGUCCCGCUCAACGACUCCUCGGACAUCCGGCUCGAGAUUGCGCAGUACGGGCAGCAGAUCCUGGGGGACAACCUCAUCGGCCUCCAGGUCGGGAACGAGCCCGAUCUCUACGCGCGGCAUGGGCACCGGCCCUCGACGUACGGACCGUACGACUACUUGGGCGAUUUCGGGAGCGUGCUGGGCGCGAUGAAGAACCAGAACCUCCGCACCGACCUCCUCCUUGGGCCGAGCUUGGCCACUGGCGACUGGACGCCCGAGAUGGUGUGGGACACCGGCUUCAUCAACACAUACAGCGACGCGCUCACAGCCCUGACCGUCGAGCACUACCCCGACGACAACUGCGCCGCGCUCUACGCCGGCUUUGGGGACCCGAAGGACCCGCAGGCGGAGUUCGCGAAGUACCUCGACCACAGCAUGGGCGUGAACACGAUCCAGCCGUACCUCAACUCGACGAUGAUCGCCCAGCAGGCCGGCAAGCCGUUCAUCAUGUUCGAGACGAACUCGGCCUCGUGCGGCGGCUUCCCGGGGAUCUCGACCAGCUUCGGCGCCGCGCUCUGGGCGUUGGAUUAUGGGCUGGAGAUGGCGGCGAGCAACUUCUCGCAUGCGUUGUUGCAUGUCGGUGGGCAGAAUGUGUACUAUAACCCCUUCACCGCGCCUCCAACGAACGAAACGUCCUACCACGAAUGGACCGUCGGCCCGAUCUUCUACUCGGUCCUCGCCGUCGCCGAGACGCUCGGGAACUCGAACAAGUCGCAGAUCAAGGACCUUUGGCAGAACAGCGGCUCGCUGUACACCCCGGGCUACGCCAUCUACGAGAACGGUAACCUCGCGCGCGUGGCGCUCGUCAACUUCAUGACGGACCCCUCAGGCGCGAACGAUUACACCGUCUCCAUCUCCGUCGGCGGGGGGGAGAGCGGCCAGCCUGCUGCUACGCCCGCAUCUGUGCAGGUCAAGUACCUGGUCGCGCCCUCCGUCGGCGAGAAGUUCAACAUCACCUGGGGCAACCAGACCCUGGGCGGCCAGUUCGAAGCCGACGGCACGCUCAAGGGCGACCUCCACCUCGAGACCGUGCAGUGCGACCAGCAGAACAACGUGUGCAAGGUCAAGGUGCCCGCGCCCGGAUUCGCGCUCGUGUUCAUGAGCGAGGACGCGGCGAAGGAGAGCGAGCCGGCGAGCACGGUCACGUUUGGGACGAGCGCGGUGACGAAGUACAAGAACACUGCGACGAUCGACCAGGCGGUGCUCGCGACGUCGAAUGGGAACAGGGGCAUGCAGGAGAUGCGCGGGAGCACGAGCUUUGGGAGCGGGAACGGCGCUGCGCGCACGGGCUAUCCGGGCGCCGGCGCGCUGCUGGCGGCUCUGGUCGGGGCUGCGGCUGUGAGGCGCGUACUGACUGGGCGGGUUUGAGCUGAGGAGUGCUGGACGGGGUGGAAGGCUCGUUGGCUAUGCACGUUUAGACAGAGACUAUCUGGAUUGUAAUACACUAGCAUAUAUUCACCUUGAAUAUCAACCAGUCUGUU